CCGAGCCGAGCCGAGCCGAGCCGGCACCGCUUCCCCGAGGCUCCCCGCCGCAGCGUUAUGGACCUAUUCGACUUUUUCAGGGACUGGGACUUAGAGCAGCAGUGUCACUAUGAGCAAGACCGGAAUGCACUCAAGAGGAAAGAAUGGGAGAGAAGAAACCAGGAAGUCCAGCAAGAUGAAGAUCUCUUUGCUUCAGGUUUUAACCUCUUUGGAGAACCCUACAAGACAAAUAAAGGCGAUGCCCUUGCAAACCGUGUCCAGAACACAUUGGGAAAUUAUGAUGAGAUGAAGGAUCUGUUAACCAACCAUUCCAACCAGAGCCACCUUGUAGGAAUCCCAAAGAAUUCUGUCCCACAGACACCCAUUGACAAAAAUGAGCAGAACUUUUUCCCAGAACCAAGAAACAGGAUGAUCCCAUCUCAUCAGAUCAGUGGCCACUCAUCAACAUCAAUGCCUCCGCCUUCUUCAUUGUCAUCUAAUUCUACUUUGCUACACGGUCAUCAGAGCAGCAGGAAGUCGAGGACGGACUGGUCACGUGGUGGUCACAACUCCAGUGGGGCCCAGCCAAGCCAGUCCAGUAGUCAGCAGAGUCGGACAAAGCAUAGCUCUUCUCAUGACCAGCCACAGGGCAGGUAUGAAGACCUCUAUAAUUGUCAGAGUGAGCAGCAUAAAAGUGGAGGAACAGAGGAAGCAAAUACUAUGGCAGCAUCUUCACAUUCGAGGAGACAUACUCAUUCAAAGUCAGCACCUGGAGAACAUACUUACAAAGAAAACAGUCAUUCAAAGUCACCCGCAGAGCUUGAGUUUGUAGGUCAUGGUCCUGGAUCUCCACUUCCUUCUACUUCUUUGUUAUCUGCAAACAAUGGUCUUUCAACCCAGAACUUUCCACCAGGACUUCACUGUAAAAACAGCAUGGUCCAGCAGAAGCCUACAGCAUAUGUCAGGCCCAUGGACGGUCAGGACCAGGUACCCAAUGACUCACCUGAACUGAAACCUCUGAUAGAAAUUGAGAGUGGAUAUGGAAAUCAGCCCUUUGGGACACUGUUGGAAGGAAAAGUGAACACACCUAGUUCGAAGAACAAAGUACCAAAGCUCAACAUUCCGUCUGUUAGUGAAGUUACCCUUCCCAAUGACUCCAGCUGCGUGGAAGAAAUAUUACGGGAGAUGACCCAUUCCUGGCCACCUCCUCUUACUGCUAUUCACACUCCUGGCAAGGCUGAGCAGACCAAGUUUUCUAUCCCAAGCAAGGACUCCCAACAUCUGACCUCAGGAUACAAUGUACAAAAGUGGAGCGAUCCAGCAGGGAAAGUUGCAACUAAGUCAGUGCCACAAAAGUCAAUGCUUGAGGAUGAUCUGAAACUCAGCAGUGAUGAAGAUGACAAUGAACAGGCUGCUGAAAAGACAAAAUUGAGAAACAUUCCUGUAAACAGCCUGCCAGUGCCGGCGGCACACACAACCGGCUUAGCCCAUUCCAGUGGUGGCUCCGGAAGCUCCAGCGAGUCCGAGAGCAGCUCCGAGUCCGACUCUGACAGUGAGAGCAGCUCCAGUGACAGCGAGUGCAACGAGGAGUCACGCAGUGCCACGCCAGAGCCUGAACCUCCCUCAACAAACAAAUGGCAGCUGGAUAAAUGGCUAAAUAAAGUGAACCCCCACAACAAGACCAUCAUCAAUAAUCAAAAUGAGCUUCACAGCGAGACCAGCUCCCAGCCCCAGAGCAACCAGCAGGCCGAAGGGCCAAACAAAGGGAAGCUCAACAGCAGCCUGCCCCCGACCGAUUCCAAAGACCGAGCAAUCCUUAGUCCCAUCCGGGAGAAAGCCAAACCACGGGUUGCCCAGAAAACCCCAGAGGCAAAAAGCUCCAAGCAGAAGUCACCAGCUCAUAAUGAGCCAACUUCACAAAGGACUACUGGGAAAAAGCAACCCAAAAAGGUAGAAAGGACUUCCAGUGUAGAAGAGUAUAACUGGCCCAAACCAAAUAAUACCAGCAACACUCCCAAAGAAAAAGACACACAAGACCCCCCCGAGCAGCCAAAGGUUCGAACUAAAGCAGCAGUUGGGAAGACCGCUCCAAGGAAAGAACCACGAACUAGCACAGGUCUUACUUCAGAGAAGAAAAAGUACAGAGGCCCCAGCAAAAUUGUCCCUAAGUCCCGGGAAUUCAUUGAAACGGAUUCAUCUACUUCUGACUCAAAUACAGACCAGGAGGAGAGCUUGCAGGCUAAAGUAUUGCCAGCUUGCGGUGGGCCUGCCAAUGGCAUCAAAGUGAAGGACUCUGGCAGUAACAUUCUCAGCGUAAGUAGUCUAACUAGCAAUGGCAGCAACACGUCCAGUGACCAGACCAGCAAUGACUUGGAGGAGCAGCUCUUCUCUCCUAUCCCAAUCGUACAAAAUGAACUUCUGUCCCCUCUGAGAGAAUACGAAGAACUCAAAUCUCUUUGGGUGAAAAUAGACCUUAGUUUACUCUCCAGGAUACCUGGACAAGAACAUUUUGAGACCACAUCUGUGAAAAGUGAACCAAGAGAAGCAAAUGUGAAACACAGGCGACCCUCUCGAGAGUCCCCGACCCCAGCAGCUGAAAAACCACCCACAAAAUCAAAAAGGAAACACAAGCAGCCGGAAAGCCUGGAUACCUUCGUUGAAAGCAAGAAGCAGCGCUUGGAGGACCCUUCAGCUUCAUGCCUGCUCCCACCUUGUAUCUCUCCGAUACCGAAUCACAGAUUAACCAGCACUAAAGAGAGCAGUGGUAGCUCAGUGAAGAAGGUGACAAAGAAAAGAGAAGAGAAGCUGUUCCCACCUCCAUUAUCUCCGCUCUUGGACGAGCCUGUGCACCGGCGGCACAGCAGUGACAACAGCUCCUUCAGCCAAGAGACCAACAUCACAAACGCCUCUCAGACCAGCAGCUCUUCCUCCUCUGUUUCUAAACACAGAAAGAAUGAAAAUAAAUCCUCUUCUAACUCCAAAGGAAUCUGUGAGGAAGAAUCUCACAACGCACCAACAGCCAACACUCUUCUUGACACCAGCCAUCUAGAAACAGACAUCUGGUCUGCAAUGCCAACACUUUCCAAUGGGAAUUCUGAGCCUAGAAGACCCAAAAUAACAUUUGAUGAUGUGCUUCACAAUGCGGAUUAUUACAUGCAAGAGGCUAAGAAGCUAAAGCAUAAAGCAGAUGCGUUGCUGGAGAAGUUCGGCAAAGCAGUGAAUUAUGCUGAUGCUGCCCUCUCCUUCAUCGAGUGCGGGAAUGCCAUGGAGCGAGAUCCAUUAGAAGCUAAAUCUCCAUACACCAUGUACUCAGAGACUGUGGAACUCAUCAGGUACGCAAUGAGACUCAAGAAUUUCACAGGUUCUUCUGCUACGGAAGGGGACAAGAAAUUAGCAGUUUUAUGCUACCGAUGCUUAUCACUUCUCUACUUGAGAAUGUUUAAACUAAAGAAGGACCAUGCUAUGAAGUACUCCAGAUCUCUGAUGGAAUAUUUUAAGAACUCUUCAAAAGCCUCCCAGGCCCCCUCACCUUGGGGCGGCAAUGGAAAGAGCACAGAAACACCAUCGCCCAUGUCCCUGAGCCCGUCCCCUGUCAGCUCUGCUGGAAGCAACGCAGGCACCACCGGCUCCUCCUUGGCAGGGACCAUCACCAUCCCUCAGCGCAUCCACCACAUGGCUGCCAGCCACGUCAACAUCACCAACAACGUCCUGCGGAGCUACGAGCACUGGGACAUGGCUGACAAGCUGACUAAGGAGAACAAAGAAUUCUUUGUAGACCUGGACUCAGUGAUGGGACCCUUAACACAGCACAGCAGUAUGACCAAUCUGGUUCGUUACGUUCGCCAAGGACUCCACUGGCUCCGUAUUGAGGCUCAUUUGUUGUAGUGACUGCUACCCAGUUCAUAACAUCCCCAUUCUUCUACCUCUACCAGCGCAGAGACGAUCACUGGUGGAACUCCACUCAUUUCUGGAAGUUUAUUCAUGUAACUUCAUUUUUAUUGCCUUUUUUAAUAUCCUAUCUAUUGGAAGUAGAAGUCACCAUAAAAGGAACUUAUGACUCAAGAGCAGUAUGUGUUGUACCAUCUAAUCAUUUUCAACAAUUUUCUAUGCCUUGUGUCUCCUGGAUCCUGCCAUCCUUAUGUGCUUUAUGGAACGGUACAUUCCCUGCAGUAUUGUUUUAAGUCCAUGCUGCCUUCAAGUGAAAACAAAAAAGCACUUUGAGAAGAUAUGGAUUCCUGAGAAAUAGUACGAAGUGUCUUAAAUAUUUGAGGGUAUAUAUAAGAAGUCCCUUCUGAAAUAAAUUAGUAGAAGUUAUAGCUAUUCAUUCAAAAUCAUCUUCUGAACCUGAUCCAAGCUUUUUGACACUUAAUUCUGGCACCACUACCUGACACAGUACAUUCCUGAGAUUUCAUACUUCCUAUAGGCUUAAUCUCUAAAAGAGAACAUUGAAUAUCUUACAGAUACAUAAUGUGAGAUCACCAAAGGUGUUAAGAGGUAAAAGGUUGAAGGAAUGCCUCAUUAAAGAAUGAUGACACACUAUGCAAUGAGGUUUUGAUAUUCCAUUCUUCCUGUUUAUUGUUGGCUUAAUAAUUUCAGUAGGCAGCAGAAUUUAUUGCAGUUUUUAGGCUAUUUCAAAAUAUUAGCUUUUGUAGUCUUAUCUACCAUUGUCAUGCUAGAUCUGUGAAUUUUCCCUCAGUUCUAGUGUUUGGUCUCAAACAAAUACUUAUCCAAGAUUUAUCUUCACAGAACAAUCUCUCCUUGCAUAGUGACUCAGUGAAAGCAGAUUUUAACAGGACGGCUAUGCUCGAAGCAUUGAUAUUGUGUGUAAAAGUCCAUUAAUGAGUGUAUGCAGAUUCUUCAUGAAAUGCUCUAGAAGUUUAACUAACCAGCUACUGUUGAAACAUUAUAAUUCCAUGUGGCAUCAAUUUUCACCUGUUUCGUUCAUUUCAGAGCAUUAGAAACAAACAGUAUUAUCUUGCUAUCUUGAAAACAAUGUCAAAUUAAAUAAAAUCACUAGAUUUACCCAAAAGCAAUAUAACUUCGUUUAAUAAUGGCCAUGAAUACUUCAGUCAGAUUACCUGUUUUCCAAGCUCUGCAUCUGUUUACCGAUGCUGUCAUGUUUUGGACCAUUCCUCUAAUGCGUGAAUAAUAAUGAGACAAUUCAGGUAGAAUUUCAAAGCAAUUGUGAAUAAAUUACACCAUUUCACAUUUGCUCUUUCCUCUUCUUUUUUUCCCCCUGUUAUAAACUGCACUGGUGCCACUGCAAGAAGCACUGGUGCAUGAAACAAAACAAAAUGAAUUUAUAUCAAUAAUUCACAAGACUUUAAAUGGUCUCAUCUCAUUCUUGAUAUAAUGCCUGCAUAGCUUACUGAACUGUAAAUUCCAUUUCUAUAAACCGAAAAUGCUCAUAGCAAUGUAAAUAUUAUUCUGUCUCAUCUCAUUGAAAUAAUACAAUAUGUGUAUUAAAUGCCAUCCAGAUAUUAGUUAAUUGCAAUUACCUUCUGCUAUAUAAUCCUGUAUAUCCUUUAAUCUGGUGAGUUAUUGGAUUCUACUCAUUGGGUUGUGACCAGAUAAAUAGGACAAAUUUGCAUUUAAAAGGUUCAGACUGUUAUGAUUUUUAGAGCAAGCCUUGGAUAUUUGCAAUAAGAGCAGUUUAAGGACUCUGCCCAAUGCACAUUUAAGACAAACAUUACUGUAGCUGUUGUAUAUUAGCUCCCUGUAGUACUACCUUUUCUUAAAAAUCAAUAAUUCCUAAUAUUUUGUUCCACAGGACUGUAUUGUAAAUGUAGCCAAGGUGCAUCAUUAGAGAAAUCAUCCAGUUUAGGGUUGUCUGCAAAGGACAUUUGCAGAACAUGCACAUCCUGUAUUAUCUGCACAUUCCUGUUCCUGAAGUGAUCGAUACACCCUUAUCUGUUCUCCGAGGGUUUCAGUAACAUGGCUGAAAUGUGAAUCUGACAGCGUUUGUCACACUGAUUCUGGCCCCAGUAGCUAAUGAAUAAAACCACAUCAGGGAGAACUACUCAGAAAUGUAGAUGAAAAGUAGUUGUUGGGGUUGUUUUUCUAAAGAAAAAAAAUGCUUGAAGUACUUUAUUUAUUAUUUUUUUUUACCAGUGAGUACUUGAGAUGAAGUGGUAUUCGGAUGGCUUUGUCAUAAGCCAGAGUUUUCCAUUCUUUUUGCAAGAUUCAGUAACUAUUUAGUCUAAUUAAGUGCAUUGUUGUCACUUGUUCCUUUAAUGUAGACUGAAAUCCUAGAUUUCCAUGCACUUAUGAAGGAUAGAUAUCUCUUGAAAUACAAUCUUCAGACGGAAGACUGUUCAAAGAGUUAGCUGUAGUCACUCGGUGAAGACAAUAUAUUAUCUUUCCCCUGUUGCUUGCAGUAAACAGACUCCUAUCUCUAAAUUUACCCCCUGUUCACAAUCUUUUGCUUAAACAGCUUAAGGAAUUAGCCCUCCUGAUUUUGUAUCCUGUGACUUAGUUUGAAAUGCGUGCUCAAUCAAUGGCAUGAUUAUAAUAAGUCCAGCAGUCAAAUCUAGGAUCACAAGCCAACUUACUGUUUAGCAGUCUUGUUUCAGAAGUGGCUCAGAAACAAAUUAAACAUGGAGAGUGAAUUACCGUCUUAUCCCUGGGGAUGAUGCUUCUUUUGGGUUAGUUAUUAAGGAUUAUUGCACUUCUACAGGCACUAUAUUCAUCUCAUUUCAAAUGCCAACGUGUCAUCUUUGUGGAAUCAUUUUACCCCUUAAAAUAUUACUUCCAGCAGAGUUAAUCAAAUGAGAUUGUUUGUUUGUUUCAGUCCAUGGGGAAGCAGCAUGUGUUUCCUUGGGUAUUAUUUGCUAUGUCUGCUCUUAAUGCUGCCCACUUCAGGCAUUCAGUCAUGAACCAGGCACCAAAAAUUGUAAGAUUGGCUUCAAAUCAUGGAGUCUUUUUGAAUAAACUUUUAUAGGUCUUGUAUUGCCUUCUGGAUACUGAGCUUUGAGACUGAUCUCGUGGCAUGUUUUCAGGCAUUUUUCAAGCAUGCCAAAGGCCAGAAAUGACACAUUUGUUUUUAAUAGCAAUACACUGGGACAGUGGUGUAGUCUUGUGAUUUCCACAGCUGGGAUUUAACAAGGAGACCAAGCUUCAUUAAAAAAUGGCCAGAGCUGACAAGAUUGUCUUUUUUGUCCCAUGCUUCAGGAGGUUUGGAGCAAUAUCAAUAGUGCCAGUAAAUAGCUAAACACAAGGAUUUGAGAGCCCCAUCAGUUCAAGAUCCAAGGGCAGCAAAGUCCUAAGUGCUCAAGCAAGGCAUUUGCAUAGCACUUAACCUCCAUGUCAAGAGCAGCAGCAGAUCUUAAGUGAAGUAUUGGACAAUGUGCAGGUAGAAUAUCCUGCUCUGAGUGCAGUGAGUGUCUCUGGCCAUAUGAUGUGUGUUGGGUCCUUCAGAGCAGGGAUUGAAAGGAAGGCCUGAGAUAAUGUAUCCUGUACGGGCUGUGUUCCCCUAGACCAUGUCCCAUUGGUCACUGAUCUCAGCUAUGGUCCUUUGGCUCCUUACAAAGGACAAAUCACUCUUCCCAUAGUUAGCGAAAUAAGAGUGUGAAUGGUUCAUGCUGUUUGGUUAGCCAGAUUUGGCCCACUAUUUAUGCUUUUUUGAUUUAUUUUAUUUUCUUUUAUCUGUAGUUUUUUAGUCAUUCUGGUUUAGCUUACAGUCUUUUUGUUGACAAUGUCGAUGACAACUUUUGAGGCUUGCUCCUUAUAGCUUAAUUUCACUUUUUCUUGCAUAGUCUUUGGACUUUUGAUAAUUUAACUAGUCUGCCUGUGAAUAUAUUGUCUCAUUCAUAAAUUACCUCCUUUGAAAGACAGGGGCAGCUCUGUUAAUAUCAGUGUGUGGGGGGGUUAAGCAUAAAGAUUGAGAUCUUCAUUCUUCCUAAAGAAACAAAAUCUGAGAAAUUGAAUCUGGACCUUAGUUUCUGUGUUUUUUUAAUUUCACAGAUUUUAUGAUGCUCUUCCAUUAUAACAAGUGUUUAGGUGCUUUGGAAGAAAUGUUUUCGUUGUGGUUUUAUCAGUAUUUAAUGCUGUCUAAAUCCAAUUAUUAUUUGGUGAGUGCAACUUAAAAGAUAGCAAAAAUGAGGUUGGUAAGAAUUUUUACUUAGGUAUUCUUUGCUUUGAGUUCAGGAGAAACUCCACUAUACAUUGUAUUGAAGCAAGCACGUGUGCGUGUGUGUGUACACACAUAUGUAUGGAUUUGAGUGCGGGCUUGCAACAAAAGUCUGUGCUCCUUACUUCAUAGCACAGGAAAAAAGAUGCCAGAGGUGCAAAGAGAAAACAUUCUUACCACUGCUGAGUGGCAGCAGAAUUAUUAAUGUGUUCCUCUGCAGUUUAUCUAUAGUUCUGCUUGCAUCUAUUGUUUCCUUGCUGGCAAUGAAUGUAUGACAGAAAGUAGCAACAACUCUGUCAUCUUGGUCCUGUGGUUCCUGAAGUCAGUGUCAAAACUGAAUGUGCUAUCGGCAUAUUGGUUUUCAGGUUAGUUCAUCUGCAAUAGACCAGUGUCUUCAAAUUUUAAGCAAGGCAAAAUAUUUCACAAUUCACCAAAGAAAAUUAAUUAGCCAUUUUCAAUCAAGUGUAGAGAUGUCCUCUACGUGGGCAGGCCCACGGGCCGAGGUGUCGUUGCAAAGGGCGUUUGACUCUCCCCAGCAUCUCCCCAGCCUCACCAGAGUGUGAUAGGAGUGAGGCACAGAAGAUGAAGGGGAGAAACCAAUCCACUGACCUUAGGACAUCUUCCAGCUCUACUUCACAUACUAUUUUAUAAGUACAGCUAGAAUGACUCUUGUUAAUGUUGGGAGGACUAAAAUUUCUCUAUUUCUAAUACUCCUCCUGGACUGCUAUGGUAUAACCAGACCACUAUACAGAGCAAUGCAUAUAGAAUUUCUGUAUUGUCUGAUGAGAGAAAUUGCUAGAGAUAGUGACAAAUUUUAGAUAUAUCACUUGAUGUUUUGUAGCCUAUAUGUAUAGACUAAAGGGUCAGUUAGGCUGUCCUUCAUUAUCAAAAACUCUCUGCUAUGGACUGAAAAAGUUCCUGUGUAGCUUACAGAGCAGCUGUCUCCUCCACAGUAUUCAGACCUGCCUUUCUGCUGAACUCAGUAGCUCUACUUCAGCCAUUGUGUUUCAAAGAUAUUUUGUCUAUUUCUUUUGUCUUCCAAGAUCAGUGAUUCUGAUCGUCUCAUGCCAGUUUUAACCUAUGGUGGAAGCUACUGAAGUCAGAAGAGUUUGAGUUCAGGUCUUGAGUACAGCCUGGGGGAUCCUGUGGCUCUGCACAUGGAAAUGGGGGCAAAUUCAGGUGCAGAUGAGUUACUGCAUAAAAGUGGUAUCAGAUGAGAAUGAAACUGGGCCACAUCAGGAGGCACUUCAACACAAAUACUAUGAAGAUAAGCUAUGCCCAGAACCACAGGCUAUGUAGCAACAUCUCAGGCAGCUUGUUUACACUGUAAUCUUUGGUAAUGGUAAAAAUGUGAAGUGUGGUUUAAAGAAAUUGAGGCAAGUUGGUGUGGUCUGGCGUUAUGAAUUUAACCUGUGUGUGCUUCUUGGGGAAGGGGAUUAAUUACUCUUAAUAUGUCCGGAAAAAUAACACCUAUAGUAUGGGAUCCUACAAAAUCCGAAUAUGGCACCAUCCCACCCAAUUCCUUAAUCCAUCUCAGGAUGCCACCACGUGUCACAAAGAGCUAAUGCUUGUCACUGCCCUGGAGUCACUGUAGAGUUAAAAUAUUUUUCCCUUCCAACUCCAGCAAGGACCAAGCCCAGGGACCCAGCAGCCGGCUCAAGUAGCGAUAUGUGUAUGCAGUGCUUUGGAGGGAGGCCACAGAAAGACCUGGUGGCCUUGCCUGCCACUGCCUGUGGAGCCACACAGAGCUCCCGGAGCCCUCAGCGUAGUCUCGGUCUCGUGCAGCUGUGGAUGGGACUUGGAUUUGAGCAUUCACUUUAACUUGCACUGCAUCUGGAAGCUCCAAAUGAGUUGACAGAAGUGGUGCAUGCAGGAACAUCGUAAAACUAAGGCAAUAUUCACUGUAUGCAGAAUUGCAAUUUAAAUUGUUGUGCUUACAGGUCUCCAGCUGAGGCCUAUUGAUGCCAGUGGUAAAAGCCAUGUGAGUGGAUGAUGCAGCUGUUUGAGACUUGUUUUCUUCUUUGAUUUUAACCGAGUUCCCCUCUAUGCAAGUUCUGUGAGCUUUCUCUGCUAGAUAUGGGCUUACUCACAGUUGUGUGAGUGUCACCCUGCUGUAAUUCCAUUGAAAAACCCAUCAAGUAGAGAUAGCGCUGAUUUCUACUAAGUUAUUUCCUUCUCUGAUUUAGAAGGAAAG